GUGUACAAGUGUGAAUACGAGGGUUGCACCAAAAGCUUUUCUCGGCCCUAUAACCUGAACUCGCACAUCCGCACGCACACUAACCUCCGCCCACACCGAUGCGACCACUGCGACCGCCAGUUUGCGCGACUCCACGACAAGAACAGGCACGAGCGACUUCACCGGGGGGUACGUCCGUUCGCGUGCGAGCGGUGUCAGCACCAUUUCGCGAGGAUGGACGCACUGAAUCGACAU